AUGUCGACCCGCCCACCGUCCCGGGUUGUCUUUGUCGGUAACAUCCCAUAUGGACUGUCCGAGGAGCAAAUCACCGACAUUUUCAGCGACGCCGGCAAAGUUGAGCGCUUCCGCCUAGUCUACGACUCUGAAACAGGCCGCCCCAAGGGCUUCGGCUUUGCCGAAUACCCAGACACCGACUCUGCCUCUUCGGCCGUUCGAAACCUCAACGACUACGAAAUCAUGGGUCGCAAGCUCCGCGUCGACUUUUCCCACGAGCAAAAGGCCGCGGACGACGACUACACACCUAGUGCUACCACUACUUCAAACGGGGCCUCGCAUAUGGCCCAGCCGUCGUCUCUGCCGCCGCUGCCACCCGGCAAGGAUAUCCCACCUGGACUGACCUGCACCGAUGCCAUUUCACGAACGCUCAACACACUCCCACCCGCGCAACUGCUCGAUAUCCUCACACAAAUGAAGACUUUGGCUUCCUCAGAUCCCCAACGCGCCUCGGAGCUCCUGCAACAGGCGCCUCAGCUCUCGUACGCCGUCUUCCAGGCGCUGCUGCUCAUGGGUCUGGUGUCGCCCGAAGCCAUCCAGUCGGUCGUUGAGCCGGGUGUUCCCGCUGCUGCUGCUGCGCAACAGCCUCCCGCAAACUAUGGCGGCGCGCCGGUCAUGCCCGGAUACCCGCAGGCGCCUACAAACAACACAACACCGGUGGCCGGUGGCAUGCCCUUUGCCGCUCCUGGUGCUGCAGCCGCUGGAGGCCAGGACUCGGAUGGCCUCAUGCGCGCACUGAUGGAGCUCCCCCAGGCACAGAUUGACAUGUUGCCCGAAGUGGAAAAGCAACAAGUUAUGGCGCUUCGUGCUGCGUUUAUGGGCCAAGGGAGAAGAUGA